AUGACGGGUGGGGGAACGUUGGUAUGGAUCGUGUGUAUUCGUGUGCUUCUUUUGGUCGGCGCAUACCAUGUGCUACCAUGGCUAGUCGGGGAAGCAAAAUACGUGUCUUUGGAGACGGAAACAACGCGCUCUGUGGAGUCCAUGACCCUACCCAACGUGGCCCAUGCACGCUCACGAACCGGUUCCGGAGUAGAGCGUGUCAUGCGUAUGUUUGAAUCAUGGAUGCCCAAAUCGCUAUCAUCUGCCUCUAUUCUUUUUUGUAUUUCAGCUGAAGAAAGUCUUACUAUCGUUUGUUUAGCGGUAUUGGAGCGUAUGCAAGCUGAUGUGCCAUGGCUUCUGUUCCACUGGCACAUGUCCCUACCGAUUGUCAUUCUCCUUAUCAUUUUCGUACUUCCUCUGUGCGCAUGCAUCUUGCUCAGCUUUGGAAGUGGUCGUCGACAGUGGUCUCGUGUUCGAGGUAUGCUAAGCGCCUCUUUAUUCCUGGGUUGGUGUUUUUUAUUUCUGCGUGUCCCAUUACCCAAGGCCGAGUCUACUUUGUCCUUCUUUCAGGCUAUGCUGUCACGCACGGCUGUCUUGGGCGUCUCCCUUAUUGCAGCUUUGUCAGGCAGUGUGGCGGCAGGUGCCAUCUGCGACUCGUACGAAAUGAUGAUUCGACGGCGCCAAAGAAACAGUGAGACUGAUCUAAAAUCCAUGCGGUCUGCUUUUCAGCAAUCAUUCAAAGAUAUUCAAGAGCGUCGUGCAAUGGUGGCUGAAGUGGAAAGUGAACGUGAGACCUCCCCAACCCGGGGAGACUGGAUGCGUUUUCUGGGCUGGGGUAGCAAGGAUCGGCAACUCUCCUCAUUAAACACCGAAAUCGCUGGGCUUGUCACAAUGGCUCAUGCUCUACGAAAAGAUAUACAAUUUUACGAAGAGAAAGAACGGCGCAUGCGUUACGCAAAAACAUGGAUCGGAUAUGCUUGGAUCGUUAGCGGAUAUAUCUUUUCCAUGUACUGUGCCAUGCGCUUAGUGCAAUGUGUCUUGAACCUGCUCAUCUUUGGCUAUAACUCGAUUUCUACACGCGAUCUGGUUUCAACAAGUGUCGCACACCUACUGCGGUUAAUGGGAUGGCGAGUGGAUGUCUCGCAGUGGUCGCCUUCCAUCAGCGUGUUGCUGCUAGGCAGCCUGAUUGUUAUGCGCACACGUGUAAUUCUCGGAUCCCUCUCCGCUUUCAUUCAAUAUGUGUCUACGGGUAUUAGCACACAGAUUCUCGUGCUCUUUACAGCGCAAGUUCUCUGUAUUUACGUCCUGGCUGCCCUCAUCCAGUUGCAUGCAGGCGUGAGCCUUGGCUCCACAGGUGAGCCAAGCCGCCUGCUCGCCGCACUACCUGACUUUCAGCGUGUAUUUGGACGCAUCUUUGAUAUCAUAUUCCUGGGGUCGGCUGUGCUCGUGGCUGCAUAUCGCUGGUUUGUAUCGCAGUCAGAUGCGUCCCUUCAACUGUAA